AUGUCUCCGUCUCACGCUCCAUAUGGGAAAUGGAAAAGCCCGCUCACCGCGGAACGGUUGGCAACCGACAGCAUUUCGCUGCAUGAAGUAGUCGUCGAUGUAAGGGAGUCAACCGGUGCUAUAUACUCGGUUGAAUGUCAUCCCACCGAGGGUGGACGCUUUGCAAUUAUCCAACACCUCAAUGGACAAAGCCGAGAUGUUUUGCCGAAAGAAUACAGUGCACAUGCAACGGUGCAGGAGCUCGGUGGUGGCUCCAUAUUAAUGAGGUCUGAUGGAAAACUUCUCUUUGCGAAUGAAACGACUUGCAGCAUCCAUCUCUUGGAUCCGACGUCGAGUCAGGUUACCCUCGUUCAUUCGGCAGUCGAGGGCAUUCGGUAUGCUGACUUCUGCAAUCAUCCUGUCCAUACACAAUGGAUCCUUGCUAUUAAAGAAGAUCACCGGGAAGCGACGCCUGAGACUCAGGCAACUCAUGUGCAUAACAAGUUGGUGGCGAUUGACAUUGUCUCCGACACCGAGGUCACCAUUGCUGAAGGCGAUGACUUCUACUCGCAUCCUAAAUUUGAUCCGUCGGGCAAAUAUGUCUCAUGGAUUCAAUGGACCCAUCCUGACAUGCCAUGGACAGGUACCGUGCUUUAUGUCGCUGAGUGGGCCGACGGAGCUCUGAAAAAUGUGACUAGGGUGGCUGGGAAAUACCAGGAGGAGAGCAUUGCUCAGCCGCGAUGGGGCUUGGAUGGAGCACUGUACUUUGCAAGCGAUCGGACAGGAUAUUUACAGCUAUACUCAUACAACGUGCAUGAUGCUUCUGUGCGAUAUCUGUCCCUCGAGGGUCUGGAAAACGCGGACUUUGCGGCUGCUGAAUGGGAGUUGGGAAGUUCCACAUAUUUCUCACUCGAUGAAAAGACCAUUAUUGCGGCGGCUAUCACUCAUGCCACCAGUGAGGUUGUUCUUAUCGACAUUCCCACGUUGUCAGUCCGAAGCCUGGGACUUCCAUACGUUGAUAUUGGAGUUCGCGCGAACGCGAUUUUCCGAGCUUCGUCCAGCUCCUUUGUUGUCGUCGGCGCUUCCAGAACCUCUCCUCAGGAACUAGCUUUGGUUUCGCUCACUCCUUCAUUCGAAGCGAAAACAACCGUCCUAACGUCAACUGCAUCAUUCGAUCUGGCGCCGGAAAUCGUCUCCAUCGCCAAACAAUACACCGCUCCUCAGAAAUACGGCCCCUUAUGCGACGGAAACGUACACAUAUUCUACUUCCCCCCUUGCAACCCUGAUUUCGAAUGCGAGGAUCGUCUUCCCCCUCUCCUGAUGAACGUCCAUGGAGGACCAAAUGGAUGCGUCACUCCUGCCCUGAACCUGGAAAUUCAAUACUGGACCACGCGCGGGUUUGCCGUCUGUGCUCUCAACUACACUGGUUCCACCGGGUUCGGACGGGAAUACCGAGAACGACUUUCCGGGUACUGGGGCCUAGUAGAUACAGGCGAUGCAGUCAGCGCGGUAGAAUUUCUAGCCAACGAAGGGCUCAUUGACAAAGCCCGCGUAGGCAUCUACGGCGGCAGUGCGGGCGGAUACCUCACCCUGCAGGCUCUCCACAUGUACCCUGAUGCCUGGGCAGCGGGAGUCAGCUCCUACGGUAUCAGCGAUGUGAGGGCUCUACAGGCCGAUUCAUACAAGUUCGAGAGUCAAGAUGUGGACCGACUGUUGCUGAGCAAGACUGCAAAAGAGGAUAGGGAGCAGGAGCUCACGAAUCGGAGUCCGUGCCAUUAUGCCGAGAAGAUGAAGGCUCCCUUGCUUUUGUUGCAGGGAACCUCGGAUAUGGUGGUCCCCGUGGCACAGGCAAGAAUGAUGGCUAGCGCGAUGCAUGCGCAUGGCCGGGUCGCGGAUGUGGUUGAAUUCGAGGGUGAAGGCCAUGGGUGGGUUGGCGAGAAGACGAUCUAUGAAUCUUAUAAGCGGAAGGAGGAUUGGUGGAUACGCCACUUGACUUGAGAACAACGUUUACAUGCGAUGUAUAGAUGGAUGAAGUUAUGCAUUCUUACACUUGAAUUUCAAUUCACAGGCUCUAGUUAAUAAGCGAGCUUUUUUAUGCUGUACAAUUUGUGUGGCAAUCAUUGUGAUUGAGGAUUAU